AUCCGGGUCGCCUUUGGACCGUAUCGGUUACCGCGCGGGGUUGGGGGGGGAGGGCGGAGGCGCGAGGGGUCCGCCUGAGGGGAAGAGCGCGAUGGCGGUAGCGCUGGUCGCUCGUCUGUUAGCCUCGGUAUCCGUGUCGGGGCCCCGCGGAGUCCUCAGAUGCACUGUCACUCCUUCACUGGAGAAAUGUUUUUCAAAAUAUUUUAGUUCUGACAGUUGUCCAAAACGUCCUCUGCCAUCAUACCUUACUUUUCUAAAUAAACAGCGUGACUUUUACAAGAAAAAAUAUCCAGAACUGAACAAUCAGCAGCUCAUGAAAGAGGUUGGGCGUAUCUGGAGGGAAUUACCACAUAAUGAAAAACAACAUUAUGAAGCAAUUGCGAAAUCUGAAUGGGAUACAUAUAAAGAACAAAUGACCAAAUAUAGAUCUCAGCUAAAUCCUGCAGACGAGGCAGCUUUGAAAGAGGAAAAAAAGAUAAAGAAGCAAAUAAGAAAACAAGCAAAAAUAAAGAAGGAAUUAACAGCAUUUGGAAAACCAAAACGAAGUCGGAAUUCCUUCAAUAUUUUUGUUUCUGAACAUUUCCAAGAAAUCAAAGCUCCAUCAAAUAAGGAAAAAUUUAAAGUUUUAUGUGAAGAAUGGAAAAAUCUGCCCAAUCCUCAAAAGCAGGUCUACAGCCAGCUUGCAGAAGAUGAUAAGAUUCGCUUCGAAAAUGAAAUGAGAUCAUGGGAACAGCAAAUGAAAGCAAGUGGGCGUGGAGAUGUUCUAAAUUAUAAAUUCAAAGUGACACGAAAACGAAAAAAACCUGAAACAGAACCUUUAAGCUGAAAAUAAAUAUUUGGAAAGCAAUAUUGUUUCAUCAGCAACAAAGAAAACCAGUGCAAGAGUAAAGCCAUCUGAGGAAUAAGUUUUAAAAUGUCUUAUUCGUUAUUCCUGACUGCAAGUGAAAAUCAUUUGUCAUUUACUGAGGGUUAUUCCCCAUAAAUACAAGUAUUUUACUUUUUUUGUAAACAGUCAAGCAUUUGUAAUCAAGUUUAUGGAAAUUUAAGUGAUCGCUAAUCAUGAGAAAGGUUGUAUUUUUUUUUCAAAAAUGUCUAAAUAACUAUUGGACAUAGAUUUUUUUUUAAUUAAAACACCUUGAAGUAAAAAUCCGUGUCUUGUGAUU